UUCCACCAUGAAAGUACUUGUGAUAAUAUUGCUGAUAAUAUUUCUCACAAAUACCGUAGACUCUUCUUCUUCAACGAUGCACACUAACAAUUGGGCUGUUUUAGUCUGCACCUCUCGUUUCUGGUUCAAUUAUCGACACAUAGCCAACACUUUAUCAAUAUAUGCAACCGUUAAGCGACUAGGAAUACCCGACGAAAGAAUCAUACUCAUGCUUCCUGAUGACAUGCCUUGUAACGCAAGAAACAGCUACCCUUCCCAAGUUUUUAAUAACGAAAACCACAAACUCAACCUCUACGGUGAAAAAGUAGAGGUUGAUUAUCGUGGCUAUGAUGUUAAUGUGGAAAACUUUCUCCGUCUACUAACAGGUCGUCACGAACCAAACAUUCCAAGGUCCAAACGACUUCUCAGCGACGAAGGAAGUAACAUUCUUUUGUUUAUGUCAGGUCAUGGAAGUGAUCAGGUUUUGAAGUUUCAGGAGAAGGAAGAUCUUUAUAGCAAAGAUUUAGCUGAUGCUGUGAAUGAGAUGAAAGAGAAUCACAGGUUUAAGGAGUUGUUGAUAAUGGUGGAUACUUGUCAAGCUGCUACUCUUUUCUCAGACCUUCGUUCACCUGGUGUUUUAGCUAUUGGAAGUAGUGUGAAAGGAGAGAGUUCGUAUUCACAUCAUUCUGAUUUGGAUUUGGGUGUUUCUGUCGUUGAUCGCUUUACAUAUCAAACUCUUAAUUUCUUGGAGAGGAUUAAUUUAUAUGAUAAUGAUUCUUUGAGUAGUCUUUUUGAUUCGUAUAAUCCUUAUUUGUUGGAAUCAACUCCUUAUUAUAGAAAGGACCUUUAUCAACGCAAUAGACACCGAUUCAGCCUAUAA